CAAGCGGCGGCAAAUCGCGUAAAGACCAAGAUGGCUGACGUCUUGUUUGUGUCUGUACGAGUUUACCGCCAUACGCUUUUAAAUUCAGCAACAAAUACAUCAAAUGUCAUAUUUUUUACGCCCACGAAACGGACAUUGAGUUUGGAGCGAGUGAAGUGAAGUGAAGAUUAAAGACUUGAUAGAAAAUGGACGACUACUGCUAUGCUAAGAUGGCGACGCCAUGUAAAAAACAACAUGAAAGAGAAUUAGAACCUUCCAGAAAAUCACCAACGGAGAUAAAGACGAAACCCGAGGAUAAAGACGUCCAGCAGCUGAUUGGUCAUCCAGAAAAACGUCUUCCUCAGUCAGGCAGGAGCUCCACUUUGAAGCAGGAGACUCCACAACCACCCCACAUUAAAAAGGAAGAGGAGGAACUAUGGAUCACUCAGGAGGGAGAGUGUCUUCUAGGACCGCCAGAGGCUGAUCUCACCAAGUUGCCACUGACUGUUGUCUCUGUGAAAACCGAAGAUGAUAAAGAGAAACCACAAGUAGACAACCUCUUAGCUCCACUAUCAGAUAGUGAGGCUGAUGACGAGGUUGAAGUAACUUUGAGCAGCGAUACAGACUGUGAAGACGUCCAUCAGCUGAUUGGUCAUUCAGGAGAACUCCUCCCUCAGACUUUGAAGCAGGAGACUCCACAACCAUCCAGCAUUAAAAAGGAAGAGGAGGAGCUCUGGAUCACUCAGGAGGGAGAGUGUCUUCUAGGACGAGAGGAAGCUGAUCUCACCAAGUUUCCACUGACUGUGAAGACUGAAGAUGAUGAAGAGAAACCACGACUAGACAACCUUCGUAAGGCUGAAGACGAGGUUGAAGUACCUUUGAGCGGCAAUACAGACUGCGAAGGUGAUAUGAGGACUCACACUCACAACAAACAAUUUGAAUGCUCUAAAAAUAUAAGAGGUAAAGAGCGUUUCAGCUGCUCGGUUUGUGCUAAAAGCCUGACGAGGAAGAUAGAUCUGACUCAACACAUGAGAACGCACACAGGAGAAAAACCAUUUAGUUGUUCCGUUUGCGGUAAGAGCUUUUCUCAAAAAGGCAAUGUGACGCAACACAUGAAAACACACACAGGGGAAAAAACAUGUAUAUGUUCAGUUUGUGGCAAAUACUUUUCUCAAAAAAGCAAUUUGGUUCAGCACAUGAGAACACACACGGGAGAAAAACCAUUCAGUUGCUCGGUUUGCGCUAAAAGCUUUUCCCAGAACAACAGUUUGACUCUACACAUGAGAACGCACACCGGAACAAAACCAUUUACUUGCUCAGUUUGUGAUAGAAGCUUUUCCCAAAAGAGCAGUCUGACAUUGCACAUCAGAACGCACACUGGGAAAAAACCAUUUAAAUGCUCAGUUUGCGGUAAAAACUUUUCCCAAAAGAUCCGUUUGACUCAACACAUGAGAACGCACAAAGGAGAAAAACCAUUUGUUUGCUCAGUGUGCGGUAAAAGAUUCUAUCAUAAUGUGCACGCAGUGAGACACAUAAGAACACACACAGGAGAAUAACCAAUCAAUGCUUUACUUAGCUCACAUGUGGCGACAUCCACCCAAACCUACAACCUCAUCAAAAUAAAUUCACUCCGUAUUUCACAAAAAUGUGAUGAGUUCAUCUGCAUAAUCUUAUCUCCUCAUGACCCCAUGUCCUCGGUGUAUCUGAAACUUUCCUGACUAGCAAGAUGGAUGAUACUUGUAGUGCUUGCAACAUAAAUUGAUCAGCCUGAAA